AUGGCGGACUCGUACCUUCUGCAUGCCAUUCUUGUCUUCGCUGUCCAUUUCAGCAUGUCAAACUAUAUAUCAGUACAACAUGGCGAAUCCGGUGGUUCACCCUCUACGAGGACAGCCGAGGCAAUCGAGACAGGAGUCUGCCACUCUCCUCACCGUGGCUUGAUGAACUUCCUGUUCCUGUCCGAGUCUCCACCAAGAUGCCACCUUCUCUUAUCUCCGCGCCCUCCCAUCGCGUGA